GCGCGGGGGGAGCCCGAGCGCCGGGCGUGGGGGCUGGGAGCAGGCGGCGCAGGAGAGCGCCCCGAGUCCCGGCGCGGGAGGAGGAGCGGGAGCCAGCCCGAGAGACCGCGCUCCUGGCCGCACCUGCGUCGGGCAGACGGUCGCCCGGCCCUGCCCUGCCUUGCCCUACCCUCGUCCCCGGCCCGGCACCGGUAGGUGCCCGCGAUGUCCGCAGAGAGGCCUUUCCGCCGCGGAGAGAGAUGCUCAGGCCAGUCCAGGACAUCUGUGUGAGCCCCACAAGUGGAAGCUGAUUUGUCCCUCAUGCAGAUGGCGUAGAAGAACGUGGCUGCUGAUGUUACUCAGCUUUAUUGCACACAGUGGGAUAUUAAAGGAGCCCCGGAGCCCUCUCUUUAGCUCUCUACCCACCUACCAAGACAAGACUUGAACCUACUGAAAGGAAUGUCUCAAGCACGCUAAUGGAGAAACUGGAAAGAAACUUGUACAAAAUAACUGGCCACAGGAUAGACUGAGGAGACCACACUAUACGCAAGAUCUGAGUAGACAUGGGCCUUGAAGAUGAGGUUCAGGAGGGAAGCAGCUUGAAGGCACAAUGCACUGGGCUUCAAAGGGAGACACCUGGAAGCUGCCAGCCAACCAGCCAAGAGUUAGCUGAGCUCUGGAGUGAAUGCUUGUCCACAUCGCUGAGAAUGGCACCAAGGUCCAGUCUGAUACCAAGACAAGGUUAAACCAGGACACAGCGGCACAGCGAUCCUGAUGUCUGUUCCCAGCCCUGCGGUCAAGGCUGAGUUAACAGGAAGCCCAAGUCGUCACCAUGGCUUCUGCCGAGCCCCUGACAGCACUGUCCCGUUGGUACCUGUAUGCCAUCCACGGCUACUUCUGCGAGGUGAUGUUCACGGCGGCCUGGGAGUUCGUGGUGAAUUUUAACUGGAAGUUCCCGGGGGUCACGAGCGUGUGGGCCCUCUUCAUCUACGGCACCUCCAUCCUGAUCGUGGAGCGCAUGUACCUGCGCCUACGGGGCCGCUGUCCUCUGCUGGUGCGCUGCCUCAUCUACACGCUCUGGACCUACCUGUGGGAGUUCACCACGGGCUUCAUUCUGCGCCAGUUCAACGCCUGUCCCUGGGACUACUCCCAGUUCGACUUUGACUUCAUGGGUCUCAUCACCCUGGAGUACGCUGUGCCCUGGUUCUGUGGGGCCCUCAUCAUGGAGCAGUUCAUCAUCCGCAACACCCUCCGCCUACGCUUUGACAAGGAUGCAGAGCCCGGGGAGCCUGCCAGUCCGCCAGCCCUGGCCAAUGGCCACGUGAAGACCGACUGAGUUCAGAAGAUUAAUGUGAGAACCUAAGGCCUCUCCGAGGAACUCCAACGACAGAGAGACCACGCUGGUGGGGUUACCCCUUGGUUCAGCACAAGCCCUGCCCCCCAAAUGGGUCUUAGUCCAGUAGGGCAAACACAACUACACAUGGUGGGCAGUGGGAUGGUGUGGGGGAGUUGGGUGUCCAGACAACAGAAGGACACUGGGACUGGUCCAUGGCUCUCCACCCAUCCUGGGGGCUGGAGCCUGGGCGAUGAACAAUUGGACUUCGUGGAUGACUUUGGAAGCAGCAGGCCUGUCCUGAUGAAGGGACAUGAACUCUGGGGCCACGGGUGGGAGACAAGGUCUGAGGAGGCCUUGGCUGCUGUUGGGGCCACCACCCCACCUGUCCCCUGGCUUCAGCUGGGCUUUGGCUGGCCCUAUUAGGCAAUAUUCAGGUGCUUGCUUGCAACCAAUACCUCCCCAGGGGCCUCUGAGCUGCAGCCUGAGAGAGACCCAGCAGCCAGCAGGCUGCUUGGUGGCACUGCUCUUGUACAAGGGCUGGGAAAAACGUCCUCUGGCCCUUCCCCCUCCCCCAGGGCCCCACGCUGCUCCCAUGGCCUUCUGGGGGGCCCCUGUGGUGCUGGAUCCCCACCAACCUUGGGCUCUUGGGGGUUUCAAUCCCGUGUGUUCGGUGGCGUUUCCCCUUUCUCUUACGUUCAAGACAUUUCCCACUAGCAGGCAGCCAUUAUCUGUCGGUCACCAUAUCCGGAUUCCCCUCUCCCGGCUCCCUACAGAACACAGCAGUGGCCAGAGGCGCAGCUCUAAAAUGGGCCCCACUGCCUUCCUGCAGCCUUCCCUCCCCCUUCAUCUGGGGACGGGGGCCAGCCUGCAUCCCUGGCCCAGGGAUGGUGGUCUGGUGCCCCCUCCCUGCAGAGGUCCUACUAAACAUGCAUAGUAUUCCCCCAAUGCCCAUCUAGGCCUAGAGGGGUUGUUCUGUGGCUCCACAGUGGGGGGAAGAGAAAAAGGCAGAGUUCUAGGUCCUAUUUGCCCACAUUGGUUUAUUUACAAGCCAGUUAGUCAAUAUGACUUCCUGUGAAAUAGGGGAGCAGGUAUCUAGCUGGAGACCCAUGGGGAAUUAGAUAUGGAAGACCAUGGAAGGUUCUUUGGAGCCCCUUCUCUGGAAAAAGAUGUGUUCUACCAUAGCCUCAGCUCAGCAGCUAACCCUCGGGGCUGCUGCUCCUACAACAACUCCUGGCUAGGCUGACCCUUCGAGCUUGUUCCUCAAACAGUAUUAGCCCUGCCACACUCAUGGGCGUUGUGAGCUCGGUUGUCUUAGCUUGCCCCCAUGAUGGGUCCAUUGCUGGCAGUGGACAGGUGGAAUCCUUAUUCCAGGCCCUUCUGAUUUUUGUCCUCCACUCUUUGAAAGGAUGAGUCAGUCCAUCAAAGAGUGUCCGUCCCACGUGGCAGGCUCCUCUUGGCCACCCUGGGGACUCCGAGGUAGCAGUCAGCCUUUUCUUUCUUAUAGAUCAUUUAAAAAGGGAUGGUGCCACUGUAGAGAGUCUCUGAAGCAUACAGAGAGCACCAGGCGAGGGUCAGCAGCAGGGCUGGGAGAAAGACUCAACCUUCUGUGGCACCCUUCCCCACAGUUCUCUCUGUCCAGGGCAGAAUGAAGUGUUUCCUUGAGUAGACAUCAUCAAACACCAUUCUGUGUGUGUGUGUGUGUGUGGUGGGGGCUGCUUCUGGUUUUGUUGUAGCCUGGAUUCUAGGACUUUGUGGGUUCCAGGGAUUCAGGCCUCCAAUGGGAGUGGUUGCUUUCCAUCUACAAGUGGUGAGACUUCCUUAUUUUAUAGGCCCCUUCCUCCAUUCUGUGUUAUCUCAAUUCCCUGAAUCCUAAUGCCUCUCUAGGCCACCUCACACCUACCUUCGCAGCUGAGUCUAGUGGCUUGCUGAGGUGUACCAGCAUUCAUUAAGACCCCAGUUCUCAACCAGAGAAAGCCAUUGGGUGGCCCCUGGUCUCAGCACUCCAGAUGUUGCCUUACAGGCAUUCCCUGGCACCAUUUUUCUCAAGCCCCUUUAGUCCCCUGUUGGAAGGGUUUCCUGGAGUGAAUCUGUUUGCCUAGCAGCACUCAGCAAUGUGUGAUCUGCUUAUGCAGGUCCCCUGUUCUCCUGUGGCCCCUCCUAGGCACAGAAUCCCCAGCCAGGGGAAGCUACAAUGUAAGGCCUGACCGCAGACCCAUAGGCUCAGAUCUCACCCAGUGUAGCCCAGAUUUCAGCUCUUGCUUUAUUGGCUAUCUUCAGGGCUCCAACCCCUUAGUGCACAGGGACACAAAGUUUGGGGUCACCAAGCCUUUCUGAGCAGUGGGGAGUCCACUAGCUGUUUAUGGAGCCUCUGAUGUUCUGAGCCCAAGGCAGCCAUCUCAGAGUUUCGGAUCAUAAGUAUGCUGCCCUGCAUGGUUGAGUUGCUUUGGAUGUCUGCUAGGCUUCCAGUGCCCUGUCCCCUCCUCAUGCCAGAGAGUCACAAUGGCCUGUGCUUAUUCACAGCAAUAAUACAUAGGGAGCAUCUGUGAGUCCCUUUUGUCCUGGUCCCUUACUCUUCAUGGAUCUCCCAGGAGGCUGCUGAGUGGGUCAGUUCAUGUGAGAAUCUAUGUCUGAAGCUCUGGGCUGUGCAAAGUGUUGGCUGCAGGAGGCAGGUGAGAGGAGAGACCUAGCCAUGAACUAUGACUAAGGCAGAGAGCGUGCCUUCCACCCUGAGGCCACCAUACCUGGAUGAGCUGGAGGCCCCAGUUUUGGAACAGGCCCUUUGAAAUGGAUAAGACUGUCUUCCAACUGGAUGGCUCUUGAGAAAGGCACAUGACUGACUUGUGAGCCCAUUGCCUGCUCUGUCUGUCUAUCUCUUCCUUUUCAUAAUUGUGCACAUAAAAUAUACUGGUGUUUGUGUUCCCGGA